AUGGGGCAUGCUAAUGUGACAGGUAUAAUACCUCAAGAGGUUGGUAAUAUUAGCAAGUUGGAACUACUAAACUUGGAGUCCAAUAGUUUGACAGGAGUAAUUCCAGCUACAAUCAAAUGGUUGUUGAAGCUUCAGAUGAUAGAUCUAAAUGACAAUCAGAUACAAGGAGGUAUUCCAAGUGAGCUUUGUUAUUUGUUGAACUUCGAAGGAUUAAAUCUGGCAAAAAAUAAGCUCUCUGGUACGGUUCCUUCUUGUUUAGGAAAUGUUAGAACACUAAGAUAUGUUUAUCUCAAUUCCAACAAUAUAAGUUCUAACAUACCAGCAAGCUUUUGGAUCCUAAGAGAUAUUUUGGAGCUGGACAUGUCAGCAAAUUAUUUGACUGGCUCUUUGCCCACUGAAAUUGGAAGCUUCAAGGCAUUAAUCACAUUGAACUUUUCAAAUAAUCAAUACUUGGGUGAGAUACCUAGCACCAUUGGAGCACUACAGGAUUUGCAAGAACUCUCCUUGGAGCACAACAAGUUACAAGGAUCGAUACCAAAUUCCAUGAAGAAUAUGCAGCAGUUACAGCAUUUGGAUCUAUCUUUUAACAAUCUGGAAGGUGAAAUUCCCAGCUCACUACAGGUACUAUCAGAUCUCCUACAAUUUAAUGUGUCUUACAAUAGAUUAAGAGGACCAAUUCCUCAUGGAGGGCCAUUCACAAAUUUCACGAACCUAUCUUUUCUCUCAACUGAAGCAUUGUGUGGCGCUCCUUGGCUCCAACCUUGUACAAGUACAUUUCAACAUGAAUCAAGGACAAAAAGGAUAGUCAUGAUUGUUCUGUUGGCAUCAGUUUCUGUCAUAUUAGCCAUGGUGAUUUCAAGUUUUUUGAUGCGGUUAAAGUUAAGAAAGAAAAAUCUAGCUUCGACUCAGAACUUGCUUCCCAUGGCAACAUUUGAAAGGGCAUCCUUCCAUGAACUUAGACAAAUAACAAAUGGAUUCAGCGAGAGUAACUUACUUGGCUCGGGGAGCUUUGGUUUAGUUUACAAAGGAAUUCGUGAAAAUGGGAUGGUUUGGGCCAUAAAAAUAUUCGAUUUGCAGCUAGAAGGUGCAUUUAAAAGCUUUGAUAGAGAAUGUGAAGUCUUAAGCUGCCUUCGUCAUCGAAAUUUAACUAGAGCAAUUAGUGCUUGCUCUAGCCCUGAUUUUAAGGCUUUGGUGCUUGAAUAUAUGCCCAAUGGAAGCCUUGAGAAAUGGCUACAUUCAAAUCAUCAUUUCUUAAAUAUCAAGCAACGAUUGGAUGUUAUGAUAGAUGUGGUUUGUGGUUUGGAAUAUCUCCAUUAUGGUUAUUCAACUCCGAUAGUUCACUGUGAUUUGAAGCCUAGCAAUAUUCUACUGGAUCAAGACAUGGUUGGGCAUGUUUGUGAUUUUGGAAUUGCAAAGUUGUUAGGAGAUGAAGAGUUUGUGGUACAAACAAAGACUCUUGCUACAUUUGAAUAUAUUGCCCCAGAAUAUGGACUGGAAGGAUUGGUUUCAAAAAGUAGUGAUGCUUACACCUUUGGGAUUUUAUUGAUGGAAGCAUUUACAAAAAGAAAGCCCAAGGAUGAGAUGUUUACAGAAGAGUUAAGCCUUAGGCGUUGGGUACAAGAUUGCUUACCAGAUUCUAUAAUUCAAGUUAUAGAUGUAGAUUUACUUCAUCAUGAUGAUGGACUGAGUCCUGAGGUGCAAAUGUAUUUGGGGAAUCUUUGUCUUGACUUUGUCACCGCCGAAAUGCUUAAGCCGCCUGGACAGGGUGACGAGGAGUCCUUUGCAGUAGUCAUUAAGUGCGACAGUGCUUUUCAGAUAAAGCACUGUUCCCGGAUGAUGUCAGGUGACUUGCCUCAUCCGCGUGCAGCUGAGGUGGAGGUGCCGAGGUCACCUACACGGUAG